AUGGUCGACAACGAGCGUCAUAUAGAGCCGCAGAAGGAGAGUGAAGUGAAGAAGCCUCUUAUCCAUCCUUCAAUGAACAGUGGUUAUAAACCUGGGUCCGUACUCUCAUACGCACACGACUGGUCUCCUAAUGGAACUGGAGGAUCGAUUGCGGCCGAAGGACGUCAUUUCUUGGACAUGUACGGUCGUGUUUGUAGCUUGAGGGGUGUUAACUUGUCUGGGACCUGUAAAACUCCAGUGGACCAUGACCAUGAAAACUUCCCCGGAGACCACAAGUCAGUGACAUUCGUUGGGAAACCAUUUCCACUGGAGGACGCGCAAGAACAUCUCUCUCGACUGCGACGCUGGGGGUUAACUUUUGUUCGUUUCCUGGUUACAUGGGAAGCCGUAGAGCACGCAGGACCAGGAAUCUACGACACAGAAUAUCUCACUUACGUUCGGGCUUUGCUGUCCAUGUUUCCAAAAUACGGCCUCUCUGCCUUUGUGUCGAUGCAUCAAGACGUGUGGUCACGGUAUUCUGGGGGCUCAGGGGCGCCGGCGUGGACUCUGGAAACAGUGGGCUUUGAUCUGCAUGCAAUAGAGGAGACAGGUUCUGCUUGGCUGCACGGGCAGCGAGGUGGAGGACAUGUUGAAGCGGAGCGUGGUCUGUGGCCCUGUGGAUACCACAAGCUCACUGCUUCAACGAUGUCGACGUGUUUCUGGGCAGGUGAUAUAUUCGCUCCAAAAUUGCUGGUUAAGGAUAAACAUGGUCAAGAAGUGUCGAUCCAAUUCUUCCUGCAGACAUGUUUUCUUGAUAUGUGGGAGAUGGUGGUUAGGGCAGUGGGCGACUUGGACGGUGUCAUUGGCUUCCAAAUGAUCAAUGAACCUCAUCCAGGCUACGUGAAUGUCGAUUUACACGCUUUCAAUUAUAAUACUGAUCUUCAUCUGUCUCAUAUACCAUCUGCUUUUCAAUCGUUCCAACUAGGCGCAGGAUACCCAACACUAGUACCCACUUAUACCCGUUCAUUCCCUAUGCCCACAAAACUCACUUCCUAUACUACGCUCAACACUGCUAAAGUCAAGGCCUGGCGCCCGGAUGGACCAACAAAAGGGAGAUGCCUAUGGGAGUUCCACGACGUGUGGCGGUGGAAUGAAGUUACUAAUAAGGCUGUUGUCCUACGGGAGAAUUAUUUCCGCAAGCAUCCUGAUACCGGCGCCAAGAUCAACUGGUAUACCGAUAUGUACUACCCCUUCGCCAAUAAAUGGAGUGAAAGGAUUAGAAAGGCGUCGUCUCCUUCGAAGCUCGUUUUUUUGGAACCUCUCCCAAAUGAGUUCUGUCCCAAAUCUUGGACGAAGGAAAACCAACCUGCUAAUAUGGUCUUCGCACCUCAUUGGUACGAUCUCAACGCUCUUUUUGCCAAGGCUUUUGGUGAUUUCACCGUAAAUGUGCAAGGCCUCUCGCGUGGCAUGUUCCCUCUCAAGGCCUUCUAUUGGGGACACUUGGGGGCCCGCGAGAACUUCUCCCUCCAAAUUCGCAAUAUUGUCGAAAACGGAUACAACUCUUUAGGAGAGACUCCUGUUCUGAUAGGGGAAUGUGGUAUCCCUAUGGACAUGAAUAAGAAGGAAGCCUUCGAGACGGAUGACUUCAUCUGGCAGACCAGAAUGAUGGAUGCUAUGAUCACUGCAUUAGAGAAUUCUCUUGUCGGCUUUACAUUAUGGAACUACAACCCUGAUAAUGACGACGAAAGGGGCGAUGACUGGAACGGCGAAAACUUCUCGUGGUUCAGCAGCAAGCGAGCCCUCCCCAAGUCCGUACUGUAUUAUGAACAGGACGCCCCUUCAUUAGACAAUGGAGGCAGAAUACUUCCUGCUGUUGUCCGACCUUACCCAGCCAAGACAGCAGGAAUUCCUCUCCGCUUCCGGUACGAGAUGAACACAGGAACGUUCGUCUACGAGUGGAUGAACCCCGAAGCCAUUGUCUCAGGCAGUGAUGAUAACUCGAGCCCAAAGUCUGGGUCGCCCAGCGUGUUCGAUCCACCACGCACACUGCGCCGCCCCCUCAUCUCUAGAGAGACUGAAAUCUUCCUUCCAUCGAUGCUCGCACAUUCAAGGAGGGUUAUUGUUGAAGGUAUCAAGGACCAAGCGGACGAGUAUCAGUAUGACGAGAAGCGGCAAACGUUGUUCGUCGUCAUGUCCGAUACAACACCUGGGGUCAAACAUCGCAUCAGAGUGUCAUUUGACCCCCCACCUAAACCAGCCUUCAUUGUCAAUGACUUAUGGAGCGAUUUUGGUUCUCACAUUCUUUCUGGUUUAGUCGUUCUUUUGGCACUUACGGGGUACUGGUUGUUAAGUAGUAUUUAA